UUUUUGGGGAAAUUGAGAAAUCGAUGCCAAGUGACUCCUUGCGGUUUAAUGUGCCUAAUACUAAGGUAUUAUAGUUGUAUCUUCGCCUGAAUAUUAACAAACAUGCGUAUUUCGUUAGCCGUAACUACCUUUUUUGCUUGAAUUACUAAAGGCUUUGGGAGUAAGUACAGAUUACUAGACAACUGCAGCCGUAACUACUGCAGAUAAGGCGUUUUGCCUUAGCAAACGUCACAUACUACAUUUUUUGCUUUAGUAAAGUAUCACUUGCCCCCAUUAUACUCUAGUAAGUGGACGUCAUUUUUAACCUUAAUAAACAGCUGCAGUAAAUUAAUAAGUGCAUAUCAGGCAGCGUCAGUGACUGUGUUUCUGAGUAUUAUUAUUAUAAUUAAUAAUAAAUUCACUUCGUUACAUUUACAUUGUUGGUUUAACUGAUGGCUUCACGAGGUAAACAUUUAGUGAGUUUGUGUAUUGAUCAACGAGAAAAGUUGAAAACGGCUACGGUGACAAGUACUUCAAAAGCUAAUACCGCCUCCAACAACGCAAACCUUCAUCAAGGCAACUCCAACGAUCCUCGUAAUGAUUUUAAUCUAUCUGAAGCUAAAGAUACGGAAACUGAUCAUUUAUUAGGCGAUAGUGAUUUGUGUGUUUCUGCGCCUACCACCAGUGCAGCAGCAGUUAUACCUGAUGGCAUAUAUAUAAUUAACGAUAACGGAUAUUUGGAUCCAGUUAUUGACUAUAUUGAGACUGAAAUAGAUGUUGAUGGUAUUCAGAUAGAUGGUCUUCAGUUACCUUUCGAUGAAAUACGUACAAUUAAUCAACCUUGCAUUUCUUCAGCUGAGGAUAACCAAAAUUUCAACAAUGGAGCAGAAACUGAAGUUACAUCAGAUAAUCCUACUGUAAAUAAGGUUGUUCCUGAAACCCCUAGUGAUCCAAUACCGGAAGCUCAAUUAGAAAUUGAUUGUGGACUUACCAAGACUGGAAACCCAAGAAAGAGAAAGAAAUAUUUGUUGUCGCGAACCGAAAGGAAUACAAUUAAGAAAAGAAAAGCAAUGGAGGGGCACAAUGUAAAACAAUCAUGUCCAGUUACCUGCAAAGUCAAAUGCUCUUCAAUUAUAACUCCUGAACGACGAAAAGAGAUUAAUAAACAGUAUUGGUGUCUUCCUACAACACAGGAAAAGAAAACAUUUGUUCUGAGUUCCGUAAGCAAAAAGCCGGUAACCAGACGAACAACAUGCAGUCCAAACUCAAGGCGUUCUUUUACCAAUGAGUAUUUUCUAAAAAAUGCGGAUGGUACCUCACUACGCGUGUGCAAGACGUUUUUCUUAGCUACAUUAGGCUAUGAAAAAAAUAAUGACAAAAUCUUGCAGAGCCUUUCUAAGCAAACGACCAACAUUUCAUCCAGUCAUGAUAAAAGGAAAGGGCGCAUUCCAGCAAACAAAGUUGAUCAUGAGGUUAUUGUAAAACACAUCGAAUCUUUUGAACCCUCAAUUUCUCACUACAGGCGUGAGCAUGCGCCUAACCGUAGGUAUUUACCAAGCGACUUAACCAUUACAAAAAUGCACGAAGAUUUUGUAAAAAAGCAUCAAAAUUUUAAAUGUUCUUAUGAUCUGUAUAGAAGUGAGGUAUCAAAGUUAAACAUCUCGUUUGUGAAACUUGGUCAUGAACAAUGCGAACUAUGUGAACAUUUUAACCUACAUGAGCACAACAAAGAAAACGUACAAAUUGAGAACUGUGAAACUUGCAAAAUCUACGAUUCUCACAUUAAGAAUGCUGGUGCUGCAAGACAAGACUACAAGAAUGACUCCGCUAAGGUAUCAAAUGAAGAUGAAAUUAUUUACUCUGUCGAUAUGCAAAAAGUCAUAAUGCUACCAAGAUGUGACAUGUUCAAAAAUGUCAUUUUUACCACAAGGCUAACUGUAUAUAAUGAAUGUUUUGUUCCUGUUGGGACCAAAUCGAAACGUCCAACGGUGGCAUGUGUAUGGCACGAUGCAAUUCGGGGAAGGAAUAAAGAAGAGCUAAUUAGCACUGCAUACAAAUUUUUUUUAACUGAAGGACGUGAUGUUAAAACCAUAAUUCUGUGGAUGGACAAUUGUUCCUCGCAGAACAAAAACUGGGCAUUUCUUACACAUCUUGUUUUUUGUGUCAACUCAACUGAAAUAUCUGCUGAUACAAUCCACAUAAAAUACUUUGAAACAGGACACAGUUUUAUGUCGGCGGAUUCGUUUCACCAUAGGGUAGAAAAAUCAUUACAACAAUUCAAGAAAGUGUAUGACUUCGAGGAUUUUAAAAAAUGUGUUCAAAGUGCCUCUUCAAAAGUUGCAGUAGCUGAGAUGAAACCAAGCGACUUUUUUCAAUGGGUAGACUGCAGCAUUAAAAGAACUACCAAAAAGAAAAAUAAUACGACACCUAAUACAAAGAAAAAACACUCAUCUGUUGAAUGUUCUGAUGCAAAGGAACCUUUGCCUUAUUUAAAGGAAAUGAAUCAAAUAAAGGCGAUCAGGGGUAAAAUGAAUCUGUAUUAUAAAAGUUCUUUUAAUGAGAAUGACGAUUGGAAAGAACUUCAUUUUCUUAAUGCUACAACUUUAAAAAAAGGUUUGAAGGUCCCACCAGCACACGAAAUGCCGAUAGGAAUUUCACAUAAAAGAAAAACCUCCAUUUUGAAAGAACUAGUUCAUGGGAAAAAAGCUAUUAUACCAGAAAACCGGUUUCCGUUUUGGGAAAAUCUACCAGAGAGGCCAGGUGACAACUAGUUAGUGCACUAAGUAGGACUAUCGAUUACAGAUGGGAAGUUUUGUUAUUCUACUCGCACGUUUAAUUAGGCUAUCAUGCUGUAACCUUAUCUCUAGCUUAGUAUUUGGGUGUGUUUCGUAUGUUUUAAUAAAUUAGUUUUUUUUAGUACUACCAUGGUAUUUCAUUUUAUUUUAGUGAUGUACGAUCUUAAUCAUUUUGCUUCAUUUCCUAAUUAUUUGUAUUAUUUUUAUACAUUUACAAAUCGUUAUAUAUGAGUCAAUUUUGACCUCCCUUAAAAAUAGCUCCCUACUUUGUCUAUUAUAGACUAUUCCCUCUAUUUCGGACAAUAAAAUACUCAGGAAACUUGGUUACAUGUGUAUUUACUAAACCAAUUCAACCGUAAGUACGCAGAU